AUGAGGGACGAUAGAUGUCCAAGGCUAAGGUCUCGAUGUAGCAUGGUUUCCGGGGGCGCAGACCCGUCUAUUCGUUUGUGGGAUCUCGAGAGUCGGGGCUCAGAGUUAGAGCAUCUGCACGAAUCCGUUGCUUCGGUCCACAAGGCCUCGCAUGAGUCUGCCCAUACUCAUGCUAUCACCUCAAUCUCGAUAUAUCCGUUUGACCCAACGCCGUCUACGAUUUUGACGACAUCCCAUGACAACACCCUGAAAUUGUCUACCUUGGAACCCCCCGCCAUCAGGCCAGCCCACACGUUCAAUCUUCACGUAACGCCGUAUUCUCAUUCCUUCUCGUCCCAUCCGGCUUCAACACUGCUCAUUGCUGUAGGCUCAUCAGAAAAAUCUGUCCGUCUUCUCGAUCUUCGCACUGGGCUCGCGACUCAUGCCUUGCCAGGGCAUAAUUCUUCUGUCUUGUCUGUAAGCUGGGCACCUCAUCAUCCUCAUAUCUUGGCUUCUGCUUCGACAGACAAUCGAGUUAUAAUUUUUGAUGUCCGCCGUGCUGGCCAUAACUCCGCCAUAGCCACCUUGGAUAUGGACGAUGCUGUUGGGGUGAUCGCACCAGAUUCUGCGCCUGAGUCAUUUUCAGCUCGCCCAGCCUUUUCUCGUCAAGCUCGCGCUCACAACGGAGCUGUAACUGGGGUCCGAUGGACGUCGAACGGCAGUCAUUUGGUGACAGCAGGUCAGGACGCACGGAUCCGUGUGUGGGAUGCAACAACGGGGGCAAAUACGCUGGUCCAUUUUGGUCCGCGAGUCCGCAAUAGCGUGUCAUCGCAUCUGGCCGAAAGGGCACCAUUGAUCCUGCCGAAUAGUCUUUUGCAGCCUGGCCAUGAGAUACUUUUGUGGCCCAACUUCAACGAUCAGGAUGAUCGUGGGGAGAUCUUCAUGUUCAAACUUCGAGACGGGACACUUAUCAAACGACUGAAAGUGCCCGGUCUAAUGUCCUCAGCUCGCCGACAGAUGAGCGGCCGGUCCAGUGCGCUCAGUGCAGGGAGAAUAAAUGCCCUAGUGUGGAGAGGGAAUGGCGGGUCAGGAGAAGGAUUAGAACUGUUCUCCGCCCACGGAGAUGGGACAAUUCGGGCUUGGGUGUCGCGCGUACCUGAUGGUGAGCCUGACGAGACGGACGAAGAGGAGCAAGAAGAGAGGAAGCGCAAGAGGGAUGCUCUCGAGGAAAUAUACCGCGGAUUGACAGCUCCUUCGGUGAGAUUUACGUAG